UUUGACUUUACUUCUCAGAUCUGGCAAUGUGGAGGUCGAGUAGAAAUCCUGCCAUGCUCCCAUGUUGGGCAUAUCUUCCGUCAUGCUUCACCCCAUGACAUUCCGGGAAAUUCCUCUGGAAAAGUCCUCGACGGAAAUAUGGUUCGCGUAGCGGAAGUAUGGAUGGACGAAUGGAAAUUCCUUUUCUACAAACUAGCCCCACGUGAGAAAUCGCCACAUUUUUGUGAAGCUUUUGAAAAAUCCAGUUCAUUCGAGCGAGGUUGUUCAGAGACAGGAAAACUUCGAAGUGUCGUGGAUCUGAGUGAGCGCCUUGAACUUCGACGUCGUCUCGGUUGUAAGAGCUUCCGAUGGUAUCUCGAGAAUGUGUUCACCGAUCAUCACAUGCCAAUGGAGGGUGACUUCUUCGGACGGAUUUCAUUAGACUUCAAUAACGUUGGUGGUUGGUGUAAUACGGCCAGAAGAGCGCCGGAACUUGAGAAACAGUGGCAGCUUAAAAUGCGGCAACCGUGGACGUUUGGGAGUUGCGAUACUAGCAGAGGCUGGACAUCUGAACAUCCGAACGAGCAUAUGUGCCUUUCGGCUACUCAGGUUGUGCAUACAAAUGGAGAAUGGGCUGUCCAGCUAAAGGAGUGCGCCGGCUAUGACAUGGAACUUUGGGAAUACAAUUAG